AUGUCUUCUAUGAAUGCGAAUGCUGAGAAUUCUGAGAGCAAACCAAAAAGCGGUAACGACCCUUUGGAUCAUGAAGGAGGAGAUUCAUCUGCUGCUUCGGAAGAUCCGAACAAAUCCAAAACAGUAAGUUCUGAUGAUGAUUUGAGUGAGACUAACAAGGAGAAAGAGGAAGAAGAUUGUGAAGAGUGUUGGCUUAGUCGGUAUUUGAAAAAAGGUGAUUGCAAAGAUGCAUUCAUAGAAGUUGAUCAUUGUAGGGAAGUGAAAGAUGACGGCACGAACUGUCGAGAUGCUAGAUUGAAGCUGAUUACAUGUAUGUAUACUAACGUCGAUUACUACGGACCGUUUCUAGCAAUGCAGAAAGAGAUGCGGACUCAGUCGUUAAAGGAGUUGGAACAAGGGGAGGAGGCAGCCGCUGCGGCGAAGAAGAAGGAAGAAGAAGAAGAAACCAAGGGAAAGUGA